AUGUCAUCUCCAUUCCGCACAGCGCCCUGGCGCACAUGUCAAUGUUUAACACGCCAAACUCUCCGCACUCCUCCCCGUACCCGCUACAUCUCCUCCACUAAUUGCCUUCGAUCAACCAAACAUGGUGUCAACCCUCUCCGUUCCCGCCCCGCCGAAAAUGCAAACAAUGAGCUGAAAGAUGCUAAGUACCGAAGAUCUAUUGCUUGGUCUGCGGUUGGGAUGGUCGCUAGCGCAGCUGCAAUGUAUGGAGUGAUCAAGCUGGAUCUUUUUGGCCUGGAUGAACUCGAGGUCGGAAAGAACGGCGAGACAACCAAGCCGCACGAAGCUACAGUAGCAACUUCAGAAAGCCGCACCAUGAAGAUGGAUGGACCCCCUGGGUUUCCCAGUGAUGGUGGCCCAUCUGUGAUUCCCCUCCAAGGCCAAGACAAUAUUCACCAAAUUGCGACCGGCAACAGUUCUGUUCCGUAUUUUCCCACUACUAUCCGGUUACCGUCGAUUUCUGGGACGGAGAACAAGACACCCGGAGAUGAGCUCUCUACAACCGAUGGGGAUGAAUACCAGUUGUUGGGUUUAGGCAUUCGUACCGUCUCGUUCCUCUCCAUCCAGGUGUAUGUUGUUGGGCUAUAUGUCGCCAAGUCGGAUAUCACGGAGCUGCAGCAGCGUCUUGUGCGUACGGCGGUUCACCCCCCAAUCGCAUCUCCAGAUGAAGCCGCUGCGAUCUCGGGAGUUGGUGCUGACGCCGCGACGUCGCUGGUACCUCCGGAGCGCGAGCAGCUGAGAGCACUUCUGAUGGACCCGGAGCAUGGCGAUGCUGCCUGGACAGCUCUGAUCAAGGAGGAUGGCAUCCGAACUGCAUUCCGAAUCGCUCCCACACGUAACACCGAUUUCUUGCACUUGCGCGAUGCCUGGGUCCGUGGUAUCACCGCCCGCGCACAGCAAAACAAGGCCGCCCCGGGCUCAACCGGAGAUGCACAGGAUUUGGCCUUUGGUUCGGCAAUCAAUGAAUUCAAGGCCAUUGUUGGUGGUGGCCAGGCCAAGAAUAUACCCAAGGGCCAGACGGUCGUUCUUCUUCGCAAUGCUCACGGCGCCCUCGAUGCACUUUUCCAGGCUGAUCCCAAGGAGCCAAUCCACUGGAUGGGUCGCGUCUCCGAUGAAAGAAUCAGCCGUUUCGUGUGGCUCAACUAUCUGGCAGGAAAGAAGGUUUCCAGUGAAAGCGCAAGGCAGAGCAUUGUGGACGGCCUCAUGACUGUUGUCGAGCGACCUGUCGGAACCUUGGUGCAGCGAGUCGUCUAA